AUGGCGCUGGAUGCAUCAAACGGUUAUGUUGCUCCCAGCAACUUAACUGAAACCCCCGACUCCGCACUCUUCGAUGUCCGACGUGUUCAGCUUCAGUUCCCUCUCGCUGCGGAUUUCGUCGCUGCGCAAGUUGCGAACAAUGUACUCAUCCUGGCUCUUGCAACCAAUCGUAUUCUUAGAAUAGACUUGGAAGCUCCCGAAGACAUAGACGACAUCGACCUUCCAAAGAAGUCCUCGGAAAUAGGAGUUAUUCGUCGCAUGUUCCUGGACCCUUCCGCAUCCCACUUAAUCAUUACCACCACCCUUGGCGAGAACUACUAUCUCCACACUCAGUCGAGGCAACCCAAGCCACUGUCGCGGUUGAAGGGAGUUUCAAUUGAGAGCAUCGCCUGGAACCCAUCGCUUCCGACCGCUUCUACGAGGGACAUACUUUUAGGCGCUACAGAUGGCUAUAUAUAUGAGGCUUAUAUCGAACCCUCCACCGAGUUCUAUCGCCGCGAGGAGAGAUACGUCACCGCUGUGUAUAAAGUGCCGGAGGCGUCGCCGGUGACAGGACUUUGGGCGGAGUUGGUUCAAACUCAGUCGGAGCAGAGGCGCGUGUUGAUAGCGACACAUGGCAAGUUAACGUAUUUCCUAGGGCGGACAGGAAGACAUGGAAGAGAAGGUGGAGGCUCCAUAUACACUGAUCUCUUCCAACGAGAAACGCCCUUAGUGCAUGAGGCCCAAAAGGCUUCAAACGCUGCGCCUUCAACCCUGGCCAUAUCACCAAGCGUUGCGGAUGGUAAUCCUGCAAAGGAGUUUGCGUGGCUUAGCUCCCAAGGUGUAUAUCAUGGCCAGCUUCCAUACUCUUCCGACAAAGUGAACCAACCGUUUGAGAGUGCGAAUAUGCUUCCGCGGUCAUUUUUCCCAGCUACUGAAUCUGCACGAGGAGGCAAAAGACUUAUUCAGAAUCCUAUUACUGCUAUGACGCUUUCGCAGUGGCAUAUUCUAACCCUCGUUGAGGGUAGGGUUAUUGCCGUGAACCGCAUGAACGAAGAGAUUGUUUAUGAUCAAGCUGUAUUGGAGCCGGGACAGAGUACGCUGGGCCUCUUGGCAGACUCUACACAAAAUACCUACUGGUUGUUCACCAAUCAAGAAAUCUUCGAAAUCGCAGUCGAGGACGAGGACAGAGAUAUCUGGAAGGUGUUUCUGCAGAAACAAAUGUUUGAUGAAGCCCUCCAUUACGCACGCUCCAGCGCACAAAAGGAUGCCGUUUCCACUGCUUCAGGUGACUUUCUUGCCAGCAAAGGCCGUUUUCAGGAGGCAGCCAAAGUCUGGGGUAAGAGUAGCAAGGGAUUCGAGGAGGUCUGUUUGACUCUGAUCAAUGGUGGGGAGCACGACGCUUUGCGGAAAUACCUUCUUGGCCAAUUAUCAACCUACAAAAAAUCAUCGUCAAUGCAGCGGAUAAUGGUUGCAAGCUGGUUGGUAGAGGUUUUCAUGACCAAAUUGAACUCCCUGGACGACAACAUAGCCACCAGCGCUGAAGUGGCGGAGGGAACAAGUACCGAAGAUAUCAAAGGCCAACUCAGUACUGUCCGCUCUGAGUUCCAGGAGUUCGUCACUAAGUAUAAAUCGGACCUCGAUAAGAAGACGGUGUACGGCAUAAUCAGUAGCCACGGUCGGGAAGAGGAGCUGCUAUAUUUCGCCACAGCCGUCAGCGAUCACAACUAUGUGCUUUCUUACUGGAUCCAACGCGAGAAGUGGCCAGAGGCUCUGAAUGUUCUCCAGAGACAAAGUCACCCUGACGUGUUCUACAAAUACAGCAGUGUACUUAUGACCCACGCAGCUACUGGUUUGGUCGAUAUCUUGAUGCGCCAGACGAACCUUGACCCUGAGAAACUUAUACCUGCUCUCUUGAACUACAAUAAAAUGACAAAUGUUCCGCUUAGCCAGAACCAAGCGGUCCGGUACCUCAAUUUUAUCAUUGUCAACCACCCAAAACCAUUACCUGCAGUGCAUAACACACUCAUCUCAAUACAUGCUUCGAGUCUCUCCUCCUCAGAAGCAGGGCUCUUAACCUAUCUUCAGUCACAAGCUUCAACUCCACCCCCGUAUGAUGCCGAUUUUGCCCUUCGUCUUUGUAUUCAACACCAGCGCUUUCAGUCAUGCAUCCAUAUCUACAGCGCCAUGGGACAGUAUCUCCAAGCAGUAGAGCUGGCUCUGCAGCAUGAAGAUAUUGAACUAGCAGCUAUCAUUGCUGAUAGACCGGAAGGGAACGACAAGCUUCGGAAGAAAUUAUGGCUUCUCGUGGCCGAGAAGAAGAUUCAACAACCUGGAACCGGCAUCAAAGACGCUAUUGAGUUCCUUCGGCGAUGCGAACUCCUCCGCAUCGAAGACUUGAUCCCGUUCUUUCCAGACUUCGUUGUCAUCGAUGAUUUCAAGGACGAGAUAUGCAGUGCUCUGGAAGAUUACUCUCGUCAUAUUGACGCCCUGCGCCAGGAAAUGGAUAACUCAGCACAUACGGCACGACAAAUCCGAUCUGAAAUCGCGGCUCUGGAUAUGCGCUACGCCAUCGUCGAACCCGGAGAAAAGUGUUGGCUUUGUUCAUUGCCUGUGCUGAGUCGCCAAUUCUUCGUUUUCCCAUGUCAACACGCCUUCCAUAGCGACUGUUUGGGAAAGGAAGUACUUGAGGGAGCCGGUGGCAAAAAGAAGUAUAUACGGGAUUUACAAGCGCAGCUAAACAAGAGCGACAUAAGCUCAUCUCGACGGGAGGAGAUUGUCAAAGAACUAGAUGGGUUGAUAGCAGAGGCUUGUAUCCUCUGCGGAGACCAUGCGCUCAAACAUAUUGAUAAGCCAUUCAUAACGGCCUCUGACGCGGUAGACGACUGGGCAUUGUGA